AUGUCGUCCUCACUCAGCGAGAUGGACGACUCAUUCCGGAUUCUCGCUAUCCCUACUACGGCGACCGAGGCCGAGAUCAAAAAGGCCUACCGCAAGCUCUCCUUGCGCUACCACCCAGACAAGGCUGGCAAGGAUGUCGACCCGGUCCAAGCUGCAACUCGAUUCCACGAGAUCAAUCUUGCCUACGAGACGCUCAUGGACCCUGCAGCACGAGCGCGAGCCGUACAAAGCAAUGCCGAAGAUUCCGCCAAGAGGGAACGACAAGAACAGUACGAAGGCAGACGCCGUCAGAUGGCAGAGGAGCUUGAACGUAGCGAGAAGGAGGCGCUACAAAAGCGUCAAGAUGCUGACAGGCAGGCGAGGGAGCGUAUCGCCAAGAUCGCCGAGCUUCAGGCAGAGUCGAGACGGUUGGUCAAGCGCAAACAGGACGAGAUCGAGGCCAAGGCAAAGCAAAAACACAAAGCAGUGGCAGACAAGAGAAGAAAGGACGAAGAGCAAGCAAAGGCAGACCAGGAACCAGAACUGCAUCCGCUCGACACGACUGUAAGGGUGCAAUUUCCUUCUUCGCAACUGGCGCAGCUAACAGGUCUCGCUGAAGCAUCGCUCACUGUGCCUGCCGAACCGCUCUCGACGCCCUUAGCAACGACAUUGGCGAAGCAGUUUGGAGAGCUCGAGCAUCUGCAGAUCCGGCUGCCGUCAUCCGGCAAGAAACUCAAAAGGGAGCUCAUGGCAUUGGCAACGUUCAAGACGCUGAAGGAUGCGUGGCAGGCGGUAGAGACGGGUGGCGAGAUGCGCUGUUCCGGCUUGCUCGAGGAAUGUUUCAUUGGCUGGGCUCAGUAUACCAAGGAGAGCGAGACCAAGGAAAAGGUGUACGUCGAGCCCAAAAGGGUAGAAUGGUAUCGCAACCAUGGAAUCAAAAGAUCCAGCGAUAUCGGUCGUGUUCGUCCCACCACCUCGAAGUUGACCCGAGAACCCAUCGCAGGGUGUAAGACUAGCAACGCCGAGCCACUGUCAGCCACGACGACAAGCGUCUACUCGAAAGCAUACGAAGAGCGAACGCUGCAGCGACUAAUGGAUGCUGCGAAGCAGUCGACUCUCGGCCGGGCUCAGCCGACCCAAUAA